UACAGCUGGAACCCCUGCACCACGCACAGACAGCUCAUCACCAUGACAGAUGACUACUUGUGGUUUGAAGGGUCACCUUUCCCUGUUUGGGGUUCCAGCUAUGAAGUUAUAAAAGAAGCAUGUGCUCAGUUUGUGAUAAAGGAUGAAGAUAUAGUAAUGGUGUCUUUCCCAAAAUCAGGAACCCACUGGUUGGUUGAAAUUCUCUGCCUGAUUCACUCCAAAGGUGAUACCAAGUGGAUUCGAUCUGUGCCCAUCUGGGAACGGGUACCAUGGUUAGAGUCAGAUGAUGGAUACAACUUGUUAAAUGACCGAGAGGGUCCACGGCUCCUAGCCACUCACCUUCCCUUCCAUCUCUUCCCCAAGUCUUUUUUCACUUCCAAAGCCAAGGUGAUAUAUAUCAUGAGAAAUCCCAAGGAUAUUCUUGUGUCAGGUUAUUAUUUUUAUACUAUGACAAACAUUUCUAAGAAACCAGAGUCAGUGGAACAAUAUUUUCAAUGGUUCAUCCAAGGAAACGUGCCCUAUGGAUCAUGGUUUGAGCACAUUCGUGGCUGGAUGUCCAUGAGAGACAGGGAGAACGUCCUGCUGCUGAGUUAUGAAGAGCUGCAGAAGGACCCAAGAAGCACCAUAGAGAAGAUCUCUCAAUUCCUGGGAAAGAAGUUAAAUCCAGAAGAACUGGACUCAGUCCUCAAGAAUAGCUCCUUCCAAGUCAUGAAACAAAACAAGAUGUCCAAUCUUGAAAUAUUGCCUGAAGAAUUCUCUUCUAGUCAUUUCAAAAUUACAAGAAAAGGCAUCUCUGGGGACUGGAAGAAUCACCUCACAGUGGCCCAAGCUGAAGCCUUUGAUAAAGUUUACCAGGAGAAGAUGGCAGGUUUCCCCAAAGAGCUGUUCCCAUGGGAGUAACGUCUAAAAAUUCUGGAUAUGUUCAUUGUUUUUAAUGUCAUGGAAUGUGUACACAACUGAGGCAUUCUUAGCAUAAAAUCCAUUUCUACAGAAAAGAGGAUGUGAAUGAAAAUAACAUAAAGAGCCAAUGAAAUAUAAAUUAUCAGAUGAACAAAAGGAAAUCUAGUUGAGUAGAGAACGGAAAAUGGGAGAGGAGAGGGGUAACACAGGGAAAGGGGGAUCAUGAACUAAAGUUGAUUUCCAUGCAUUGAUGAGUCUUUCUGGAUGAACCCAAUCACUAUGAUAAACUAUAAAGCUCUGAGAAAAAAUUAAAAACCGGUUUCUUCAUUCUGGGACCUUGAAAUAUACAUUUUGCUUCUCUUAUCACUUGCUUGUUAAAAGUUACUGGGAUUCCCCUAUUCCCUUCAUCAUAUCCUAGCUUUAAUAAAAUCUUUGUAAUACUUCAAGCCAGGUACGGUGAUGCAUGCCUGUAAUUCCAGCAGCGUUGGAGGCAGUGAAAGGAGGAUCACAAAUUCCAAGCCAGCCUCAGCAAGGACAAGGCUCUAAAGCAAUUCAGCGAGAUUCUAAGUAAAAUACAAAACAGGGCUGAGGAUGUGGCUCCGUGGUUGAGUGUCCCUGAAUUCAAUUCCCCGGGACCCAAAGGAAAAAAUCUUUGCAAUAUUUUAAAUACAUAGAAACCUACGAACAUAAUAAGAAUAUCACCCACAAUUGUGUCUAGUAUUUAAAUCAAGAAGUAUAAUUUGCAAGCCAUUAAUGUUCCUUUUCUAUUACACGUAUCUGUAGAAUGUAUGAGGAUGAUGAUGAUCUGCAGGAGUAUGAUUCCCAACCCAGUGUUAUUUUCAUUCCCAGUACUGUGUAAAGCAUAACUAACAAGUGAUAUGGGUAGAACUUUUAAACCUCACAUGAAUGGUGGAUGGUGUGAUAUGUUUAUAGACUCUCAUUUCUACCCAGCAUUUAACAUACGGUUUUGUCUGAGCUGACACGUACAGAGUAGUUCAGAGUUGAAUUGAGACUUGGAACACAGUUGAGUUACCUGUUUUCUUGCAGACGGCUCUGGGUUUCCCCCUCACCAAUUUUCCCAUAUUUAAAUCACUAUUUGGCAAGAAUGACAAAAAACAAAGGUAAGAGUUUUCCCAGGUCGUACUUGACUGAAGUUGACUGUUCUCUCAUUGGCCUGUUGUAGGUAUUACUAAAUGUUCCCCCAAUGGCCUUGUAAUGAAGUUAAAAUCUAAAUAAACUCCUCUACCUCU